AUGGGCAGUGCGGUGGCCGCGCUGAUACCCUCUAAUUUAAAAACUAACCAGACCGCAAACACAACCUCCACCAAACCAGACCGCAUCACACCCGCCGCUAACCAGACCGCAUCAUACCCACCACGAACCAGACCGCAAACACAACCUCCACCAAACCAGACCGCAUCACACCCGCCGCUAACCAGACCGCAUCAUACCCACCACGAACCAGACCGCAAACACAACCUCCACCAAACCAGACGGCAUCACACCCGCCACCAACCAGACCACAUUACAGCCGCCAACAACCAAACUGCAAACACAACCUCCACCAAACCAGACCGCAUCAAACCCGCCGCUAACCAGACCGGAUCAUACCCACCACGAACCAGACCUCAAAUACAACCUCCACCAAACCAGACCGCAUCACACCCGCCACCGACCAGACCACAUCACAGCCGCCAACAACCAGACUGCAAACACAACCUCCACCAAACCAGAACGCACCACACCCGCCACCAACCAGACCACAUCACAGCCGCCAACAACCAGACUGCAAACACAACCUCCACCAAACCAGACCGCAUCACACCCGCCGCUAACCAGACCGCAUCAUACCCACCACGAACCAGACCGCAAACACAACCUCCACCAAACCAGACCGCAUCACACCCGCCGCUAACCAGACCGCAUCAUACCCACCACGAACCAGACCGCAAACACAACCUCCACCAAACCAGACGGCAUCACACCCGCCACCAACCAGACCACAUUACAGCCGCCAACAACCAAACUGCAAACACAACCUCCACCAAACCAGACCGCAUCAAACCCGCCGCUAACCAGACCGGAUCAUACCCACCACGAACCAGACCUCAAAUACAACCUCCACCAAACCAGACCGCAUCACACCCGCCACCGACCAGACCACAUCACAGCCGCCAACAACCAGACUGCAAACACAACCUCCACCAAACCAGAACGCACCACACCCGCCACCAACCAGACCACAUCACAGCCGCCAACAACCAGACUGCAAACACAACCUCCACCAAACCAGACCGCAUCACACCUGCAUCACACUCGCCACCAACCAGACCGCAUCCACACGCCGACAAUCAGACCGCAUCACACCCGCCGACAACCAGACCGCAUCACACCCGCCGACAACCAGACCACAUCACACCCGCCGACAACCAGACCGCAUCACACCCGCCGACAACCAGACCGCAUCACACCCGCCGACAACCAGACCGCAUCACACCCGCCGACAACCAGACCGCAUCACAACCGCCGACAACCAGACCGCAUCACACCCGCCGACAACCAGACCUCAUCAUACCCGCCGCCAACCAGACCGCAUCACACCCGCCGACAACCAGACCGCAUCACACACGCCGACAACCAGACCGCAUCACAACCACCGACAACCAGACCACAUCAUACCCGCCGACAACCAGACCGCAUCACACCCGCCGACAACCAGACCGCAUCACACCCGCCGACAACCAGACCGCAUCACACCCGCCGACAACCAGACCGCAUCACACCCGCCGACAACCAGACCGCAUCACACCCGCCGACAACCAGACCGCAUCACACCCGCCGACAACCAGACCGCAUCACAACCGCCGACAACCAGACCACAUCAUACCCGCCGACAACCAGACCACAUCAUACCCGCCGACAACCAGACCUCAUCACACCCGCCGACAACCAGACCACAUGACACCCGCCGACAACCAGACCGCAUCACACCCGCCGACAACCAGACCGCAUCACACCCGCCGACAACCAGACCGCAUCACACCCGCCGACAACCAGACCGCAUCACAACCGCCGACAACCAGACUGCAUCAUACCCGCCAACAAUCAGAACGUAUCACACCCCCCACCGACCAAACCGCAAACAAAAUCAGCACCAAUCAGAUCGCAUCCACUCGCCGCCAACCAGACCGCAUCAUACCCACCGACAAUCAGAACGUAUCACACCACCCACCAACCAAACCUCAAACAAAAUCAGCACCAAUCAGAUCGCAUCCAUAUGCCGACAAUCAGACCGCAUCACACCCGCCGACAACCAGACCACAUCACACCCGCCAAAAACCAGACCACAUCAUACCCGCCGACAACCAGAUCACAUCAUACCCGCCGACAACCAGACCACAUCACACCCGCCGACAUCCAGACCACAUCAUACCCGCCGCCAACCAGACCGCAUCACAACCCCCUACAACCAGACUGCAUCAUACCCGCCAACAAUCAGAACGUAUCACACCCCCCACCAACCAAAAUAACAAACACAAACCGCCACCAACCAGACCGUAA